AUGGCGGCUUAUCAGGAGAGCUGCGUGGACGCUACCGUGCUGGACUUCGUCGCAGACCUGUCUUUGGUCUCCCCGAGGCACCCUCUUCUCCGUGACUUCCAGCCCAGGGUUCCUUUUGGGGAACGAAGACUUGCUUUGGGAGAGGGAAGACCCAGGAGGUUGGCGCAGUUUGAGGAGGGGGUCCCAGAAGAAGAGGAGGGCGACGCAGACGAAGGGGACGAAGAGGAGGAGGAAGAAGAGGGGCGCGGCAGAGUAACCUCCCUCCUGGGCCGCCCCAAAAGGAAAAGGGUGAUCACCUAUGCCCAGCGCCAGGCCGCCAACAUACGGGAGAGGAAACGGAUGUUCAACCUCAACGAGGCCUUUGACCAGCUGCGGAGGAAGGUGCCCACUUUUGCUUAUGAAAAGAGGCUGUCCCGGAUCGAGACCCUACGCCUGGCCAUCGUCUACAUCUCCUUCAUGACCGAGCUCUUGGAGAGCUGCGAGAAGAAGGAAACAGGCUGA